CUUCCGCCUCGCCAGCUUCAUCACUUAUCGUCAUCGCUCGCUCCACUCAACCCACAACAAGAGCCUCUCGAGCACCUUAAACCCACCGAGUCCACACUUUCGCUUUCUUUUUUCUUUAGAACCUUCUUCUACCUUGCGACAAGGACAAACGCACGCCGGCGAGAUGGGACAGCCAGACACCAUGUUCCGCUCUUCGGAGAUGUCGCUCGUACAGCUGUACGUGGCGACGGAAAUUGGACGCGAAACUGUCAGCGCGUUGGGAGAAGUCGGGAUGAUGCAAUUUCGCGACUUGAACGCAGAUACCUCCGCCUUCCAGCGAACCUUCACGAAGGAGAUCCGACGCCUCGACAACGUCGAGCGACAGCUCCGUUUUUUCGGCGCGCAGAUGGAGAAGAAUGGAGUUAUGGUCCGGCCUGUGGAGAAUAACGCGAGCCUUACCGCUGCCCCCUCCGCCGCUGAGAUCGAUAACCUUUCGGAACGCGCGCAGGCCCUAGAGGGUCGUAUCUCCCAGCUCAACCAGUCCCACGAGACGCUGCAGAAACGCUGGGUAGAACUCAUCGAGUACCGUUGGGUCCUGAGGGAGGCGGGAGGGUUCUUCGAUCGCGCUCAUCAUCAGGCCGAUGAUAUAAGGAGGAACUCCUCAGACGAGGCGCCACUACUGGAGGAUGUGGAGCACUCCGUUUCGCAGGCGAACAGCGGGAAUGCUGGCGAGAUGAGCUUCCAAACGAUGAAUAUUGGGUUCGUUGCGGGUGUUAUUCCCCGCGACAGGAUCGCGACGUUCGAGAGGAUCUUGUGGAGGACCUUGAGGGGUAAUCUUUACAUGAACCAGUCGGAGAUUGAUGAACCGAUUACGGAUCCGGCUACUGGAGAGAAUGUCGACAAGAAUGUGUUCGUUAUCUUUGCGCAUGGAAAGGAGAUUCUGGCAAAGAUCAGGAAGAUUUCCGAGUCGCUCGGUGCGGAUCUGUACUCGGUCGACGAGGACACCAACCUCAGGAGGGACCAGCUUCACGAAGUCAAUAACCGCAUCAACGACCUCCAGAGUGUCCUGCAGAACACCGAGAACACCCUUCAUGGCGAGCUUAGAAUGAUUGCGCAGAGUUUGGCUAGCUGGAUGGUCAUCAUCAAGAAGGAAAAGGCUGUUUACCAGACGCUCAAUCUAUUCAACUACGAUGCUGCAAGGAAGUACCUAGUCGCCGAGGGAUGGCUGCCGACAAACUCGCUGCCGUUGAUCCAGGCCACCUUGCGGGACGUCACCGAGCAGGCUCGCCUACAGGUUCCCAGCAUCAUCAACGAGCUGAAGACGACCAAGACUCCCCCGACCUACAUUAAGACCAACAAGUUUACGGAGGGAUUUCAAACUAUCGUCAACGCCUAUGGUGUCGCCAAAUACCGCGAGGUUAACCCUGGUCUGGCAACAAUCAUCACUUUCCCGUUCCUGUUCGCCGUCAUGUUCGGAGAUCUUGGGCACGGCUUCAUCAUGUUCUUGACUGCGUGUGUUAUGAUCUACUACGAGAAGAAACUCAUCGGCAAGAAGAUCUUUGAGAUCUUCGACAUGGCGUUCUUCGGUCGGUAUAUCAUGUUGCUCAUGGGUAUCUUCGCCAUGUACACCGGUCUGAUCUACAACGAUAUCUUCUCGAAACCUCUCACUCUGUUUUCGAGCGCUUGGGAAUGGCCUGAGCAUUUUAACGCGGGAGACGCCCUCGAAGCUCACAAGAUCCCUGGCUACGUCUACCCUUUCGGGCUUGACUGGGCAUGGCACGCAGCCGACAACGCGCUUCUGUUCACCAACAGUUACAAGAUGAAGCUGUCUGUCUGCCUCGGAUGGGCUCAUAUGACCUAUUCGCUGUGCCUCUCUCAGUACAACCAUCGCUUCUACAAGUCUCGUAUCGAUACUCUCGGCAACUUCAUUCCCGGCAUGCUCUUCCUACAGUCGAUCUUUGGCUACCUCGUCAUGUGCAUCCUCUACAAGUGGACCGUUGACUGGAAUGAGAUUGGAAAGCCCGCCCCGUCGUUGCUCAACAUGCUCAUUUACAUGUUCCUCUCCCCCGGUACCAUUGAGGACGAACUCUACCCCGGCCAGAAGCCCAUCCAGCUAUUCCUCACUCUUAUCGCCGUGAUUUGCAUUCCCUGGAUGCUGCUGUUGAAGCCUCUCUGGAUGCGCUACGAACACAACAAGCAUCACGCCGCCGGUUACCAGGGUCUCGGUGGUACCGUCACCCGCGUCAGCGCCCUCGACGACGACGACGACGAGCCCUCGGGAGCCCGUGACAGCGUUGAAACCGAUGGCUCCGCGCACGCUCUCAUCGCCGAGGAGAUGGGUGAAGAGCACGAAUUCGACUUUGCCGAGGAAAUGAUCCACCAGAUCAUCCACACCAUCGAGUUCUGUCUCAACUGUGUCUCGCACACCGCGUCGUACCUGCGACUGUGGGCUUUGUCGCUCGCUCACGCGCAGUUGUCGUCGGUGCUGUGGUCGAUGACGCUGGGACUGGCCUUUGGAGUUACCGGCACCCUCGGUGUUAUCAUGACUGUUUUCCUGUUUGGUCUGUGGUUCUGCUGUACCGUCGUUAUUCUCGUUAUCAUUGAGGGUACCAGUGCCAUGUUGCAUUCGCUCCGUCUGCAUUGGGUUGAGGCAAUGAGCAAAUUCUUUAUCGGAGACGGUCUGGCGUUUGAGCCUUUCAGCUUCAAAUUGCUGCUGGAAGAGGAGGGCGAGAAGUAGUCUACCCCACGCCCUUGUAUCAACAGGGUGGAGGUUGCGGCGGUGAUGUAUUGAUAUUGCCAUAGUAGGUGGUGGGGAGGGGUAUCAAAGGGGACGAAUGGACCGUUGUAGUUUUGUGGUGUGGUGUGUGGUGAGUGGUUGGAUUCGCGCUUUUGUUUUUUGUUUUGACCAGCUCUUCUUUUGAUGCUGGUUGCGUUCUUCGAGUUAUAUUUGCUUUUGUUGUGAGAUGGAGGGGAUGAUAAAUAUACCAAACUCUUACUGCAGCUUCGUGAAUCGUUCCCUCCCAUCAGGUUCAAUUCGGCAGUUGGUCUUUUCGAUGGUGAAUUAUGGGGUCAAAGAAAAGGUGGGUAUUGACGCUGUAUGAUACCUACGUUCCAAAGACAUCUCGAAG